AUGCCUCGUCUAUCCGACUACUUUGAUAAGUUCAUGACCAAUAAAAACCGACAUGUGCCAGUUUCAAUCUUUAAUGUGAAUUGGCUAUUGUUAGAUAAGGCUCACAUGAGUACCAAGAAGACAAAGAUAGCUAGUUGUUCCUCAGAUGUGAUUACGUACCCCGGUCUCCCGGUCCUGAGUGAAUGGAGACUCUCCAGCGCAGAAUGGUCAAAGCAAUUCGACUUGAUGGUCCAAUACCACAGGACCAUAUACAACAAACUCCCUAGUCAACUAUCCUACCCGAUCGCUCCAAGACUUGUGCUUCACAAAGCAAUUGUGCUAGAAAUCCAAAUGGAGAACCAGGGAAGAUGGAUGCCAGCCUUUAGGUAUGACAUGGCUCAACAACAGAACAUCUGGGAGCACCGAUUAGCGGACGGUAAAAUGUCCGAUGUGGGUACUAGAAACGAGUUGUUGGUGAAACAGGCGAUUAGAGACUCAGAGUUUGUGAAAGAUGAUGUUUUUGACGAUAACCCGUACGCACUAGGAUACGCUCUUCAAAAUCAAAGCCCAAUAGAUGGUCAGAUAUAUCCUGAGUAUAACUCCUGGGAUGGGUUGAAUACCAUAAAUGAAUUGAAACUUGAAGGUACCGGUGGAAGACUCAUCUCAGCCCUAAACCCCCUCCCGUCUACUUCGUACCGCGACAAUUACACAGCCCAGGCAGGUCCUUCACGCAAUAGAAGAGGAGGUAGACCUAAUAAUCAUCAUUCAAGAGGAGGUCACGUUAACGGAGCACAAAGAUCAUUCCCUAUCCAUUUCACCGACUUCCAUACCUCCAAUCAACACAGACAGAACGGAGGUGGCGGUCAACUGCAAUGGUCACGUGGAAGGCCGGCAAUCGGCCCUGGUAGUUUCGUGCCACCUAAGCAGUUGUUGAUAGAAGGAGCGCAGGUACCGGGUGGUGGUGGAGGUAGCGCAGAAAAAGGAAAAGGACCUGCAGGUGGAAAUAAGUAA